AUGGAGAAACCAUCUGAAUGCGAUUCACAACCAGAAAUGUUUUCCCAACCAGAGGAACAUAUCAAAGAUGAAGAAGCAUCUGAAUGCGAAGAAAAUUUCUCCUCCAAAGAGUAUUUGUCAAAUUUCGUAGGGGUACAUACUGAUGAAAAACCAUUCAAACAUGAAAUUUUCGAUGAAGAAAUCGUAACGAAGAAAAUCUUGACCGAAGACAUCGCUGAAAAACCUUUUGAAUGUGAAAUUUGUGAAAAGAAAUUCUCGACCAUAAGAAAGUUGACCGAUCACAGUAUCUCACACACCGGGGAAAAGCCUUUUGAAUGUCAAAUUUGCCACAAGAAGUAUAGAGCAAAACGAUACUUGAAAGAACACGAAAAAUGGCACACUGGUGCAGACAUAUUCGAGUGUGAAGUUUGCACAAAAAAAUUCUUAACGAAGAGAUACUUGACCGAGCAUACUUUUCUGCACACCGGUGAAAAGCCCUUCAACUGUGAAAUUUGCUGUAAGACUUUUUCCGCGAAACGAACCUUGAAUGACCACAAAAAGUUGCACACUGGUGAAAAACGUAUCAACUGUGAAAUUUGCAAUGAAAAUUUCACUACGAAACGGUCCCUGAACGAACACAAAAAGUCGCAUACAGGUGAAAAACCUUUCGAGUGUGAAAUCUGCAAAAGGAAAUUCGUAACUCAGACAUACUUGACCAAGCACAGUAUCAUGCAUACCAAUGAAAAACCUUUUGAGUGUGAAAUUUGCAAUGAGAAAUUCACCACGAAACAGACCUUGAACGGUCACAAAAAGUUGCACGUAAGUGAAAAACCUGAAAAACCUUUCGAGUAUGAAAUGUGCGGGGAAAAUUAUUUCGAAUGUCAAAUUUGUCAUAAGAAGUAUGGAGCAAAACGAAACUUGAAGGAACACCAAAAGUGGCACACUAGUGCUGUUAUAUUCCAGUGUAAAAUUUGCGGAAAGAAAAUGUUAACGAAGAGAUACUUAACCGAGCACCUUGUUUUACACACCGGUGAAAAACCCUUUGAAUGUGAAAUGUGUCAUAAAAAGUAUUCUUCGAAGCGGACUUUGGACGAGCACAGAAAGUUGCACACCAAUGGAAAUUCUUUCGAGUGUGAAAUCUGCAAAAAAAUAUUCCCAGCUAAGAGAUACUUGAACAAGCACAAAAUUGUGCACACUGAUAAAAAACCUUUUGAAUGUGAAAUUUGUCACAAAAAAUUUACGUUGAAAUGGAAUUUGAGAAAGCACAAGAACUCACACACUGGUAAGAAAAAGAAAAUCAUUCACAAAGAUUCGCACACCGGCGAAAAACCUUCAGAAUGUGAUACUUCCUAUGAUAAGUGUUCUAGUGAAGUGGUUUCGGCUAUGCAAAAUGCACCACACAAAGUGAAAUAUGAAAUCGACAGUGUUGUUGUCAAACAGGAAAUCAAGAUCGAAUAUGAAUACAAUGAUGCACAAGUAGACUAUCCAGAACUCGUAGAAAUAAAACAAGAAUAUUAUUGA